CUAGACAUAGCCUAAGAGAGAGUUAUGCAAACACUACAUAAUGAAGAUUGCUCAACUCUAUGACUCAUCAUGACCCACCAGGACAUGCCUUGGCCAAUAUCUUCUCUGGGACUUGAAUUGGGAUGGAGAUUGCUCCAAUAGGAGAUGAAGAGUCAGUGCUCAAGGUAGGGGCAGCAUGUGGACACCGGCCACCCCAAAAGCUGCAGGAAUGUGCUGGCCACUUCUGGGAACAGUGCAGAGUGAGGACAGGCAGCUAGCCAGCCUUAGUCCUGCUACUAUAUGCUGAAGGUAAUGGCCAGUGGCCCAAGGCCUAUUUACAUCACUUAGAACCCUAGACAAUUGUUCUCUUUGCCUUCCUGUCAGUGGGACUGCCCACAUAAAAUAGAAUUCAAAAGCUAUAUUUAGACAAGCUUCCUCAAAUCAUCAAAAUAACAUUACACAGAGUAAAGAAAAAAAGUGAGAGAGUUUACUUUAAAACAUUUAAACAUCCUUGCAAAUUGUAGGACUGGAAUUUAAAAGCUGUCGUGUAGACUACUGUAUCAUUCACACCUCUUGAGCAGCUGAAUUUCCCACUGAAUGUUCCUGUCCUGCUUUCCAUCCCCUCUCAUUUAAACAACAGAAGCUUUGUAGUCCCAAUAGAUGUAAUUUAUUCCAUGUGUUAAUUUUCUUUUUGCUUAAGAAUUGUUUUAAAAUCACUUAAGUCUGUUUUCUAGAUCAGCUGACAGAGAUCUGAAAAGAGAAUAUUUAAUGAAAAAAACCUCUGUGUUCACAGCAUUUAGGGUGUGGUCUUUUUUUCAGGAGGUCCAAGAGGGUUAGAGUGACCAUGCAGCUUAACUCAGGGGCCUAACUUUUCCAUCCUCAUGUAAAUAUUUAUGACUAAAAUCCUAGUUACUAAACUGAGGACUACAGUUCUGGUUUAUAUAAAACAUAUUUGGCAAAGCUCUCAUGCGUAAAAAUAUGUAUUAUUUUGGCCACACUGACAUAAGUGAUUUGAUUAUUUCAAGUCUCUGUGGUUCUCAUUUUAUUUAUGUAUUUAUUCCAGUUAUAUUAGUUGUUUUCCUAUUGGCUAAGACAACUACAGCCUGCCAAAUGAUUAUGAAGUUACAUAAGGCUCUGUCUGAAGACUAUAUAAAGCCUUUUUUCAUUCUUGCAAGAGAGAGAAGUCUAUCAAAAUGCAGGUCUGCGGCUUCAGGCUCAUUCAUGCAUGGAGAUUUAUUUCAAGACACACUGAAACCUGAACUAGUGCUGACAUAUUUACUAGCCAGUAUUUCAGCUAUCAACCUAAGUCGUGAGUAACUGCUACUGCACGUAGCUUCUGUGCACUAUGGAAAAUUUUUCAUUUCCUGUGCAAACCAAUGCAUAUCAGACUGAAAGUCUUUUUCCUCAGCUUGUCCUGAGCUUGACAAAUAAGUCAGAUACACUUGGAAGACCAGAAAGAGAUGAGCAAUUAGCUCAGGUAGAGAUUGGUGUGUUGGGAAUAAUAUUUGUGACAGCAUCUGUGGGCAAUUUUAUUCUCAUACUGGUACUGUGGAGGAGAAGAAAGAAGUUGUCUAGGAUGUAUGUAUUCAUGCUUCACCUGAGCAUUGCGGACUUAGUGGUAGCAUUUUUUCAAGUCCUUCCCCAAUUAAUAUGGGACAUCACAGAUGUUUUUAUGGGGCCAGAUGCACUGUGCAAAAUGAUCAAAUAUUUGCAGCUGUUGGGCAUGUUUGCCUCUGCUUAUAUGAUUGUGGUCAUGACAGUGGACAGAUAUCAAGCUGUAUGCUAUCCCAUGGUCACUUUCCAAAAGAAAAGAGCUCUUUGGAAUGCUGCCAUUUGCACUGGCUGGUCUACAUCUCUGUUUUUUAGUCUUCCACAAGUAUUUAUCUUUUCUAAGACUGAAAUAUCUCCAGAUAUCUUUGAAUGCUGGGGUGAGUUCAUCCAACCAUGGGGCUUAAAAGCAUAUGUGACUUGGAUUUUUGUAGCUAUUUUCUUCAUUCCCACAGCUAUCCUUACGCUAUGCCAGGUUAAGAUCUGUAAAAUAAUACAAAUGAACAUACACGUGAAAAAAAGGAAUGACUCUGAAGUAAUAAAUAAGAAGCAAAUCCUGUCAUCCCAAGCAAACAGUAUUAACUAUAUUUCAAAGGCUAUGAUCAAGACUGUAAAAAUGACAGUGGUGAUAGUUGUUGCAUAUGUCUUGUGUUGGACACCUUUCUUCAUUGUACAGUUGUGGUCUGUAUGGUACCCUAGUGGUGUUACUGAAGGUGCAGCAUUUACCAUUAUCAUGCUUCUGGGAAAUUUGAAUAGUUGCGCCAAUCCAUGGAUUUACAUGUAUUUUUGUGGCCACAUUCCAUAUUGUGCCAAAAAGCAGUCAAAGACCAUCUUAUCUCAGGAAGAAUCUGUGAUGACAGGAAGCAUUAAUUUGGUAGAUGGGGAACCAGAAGAAAACCUAACUUGUGUAUAAAUAUUUCUACAAGAGCGAUGAUAAUGAUGUUGUUGGAGAGGAGUAUCUUAUAAUUAGAUUUGAAUGUAUGAUAUUGAAAUUGAACCAUUAAUAAUUUGAGAUUGUAAUGAAACUAGGAAAAAUAUUUGAGAAACCUUGAGAAGGCAUCAGAGAGUCACCGUCAACUGUGAUUAAUAGCAAGUUUAAUUAAACACUUCAAAAUAUGUGGAGGCAUUGCAGAAUUAAAUAGUCAUAGAGUCUUUAUACAUUGCCCUUGGAACUCUGGACAUUUACUUUAGGUUCAAAUAACAUUGUGGGUGACCAGUGCUCAGCUAUGCUGGUAAUGUUCCAAUGUAAGGAGAAUGGUAGCCUCAUUGUUGGUCCCAUUUAUAUACAAUACAAAAUCACCACAGAGGAUUAGAUUUUUCAUCAAGUCACCUGAUGCACAUACAAGUAUGCAAUAAAUUUGCAGCCACUUAAGUGGACAUAAUGGAUGUGUUUGUACUAUUCUGGGGUUUCGCUUACAUGUUGUUCAGUAUGUCCUGUGUGCUAGCACCUAUCUGCUAUUACUGAAUGUGUAUCUAGGACAUGCAGCUUGACUGGUGAUUCCUGAACCAUAUGAGCUUAACACAGAAGAAAAUAAAUAUUUCACCUCCAUGGUAGAAGUUAGUCACUUACUCAAGAUCUGCGGUACCUUUACCUAGUGUGCUGUUUGCUGGCUGAUGUGUAGACCCUAUGCAGAUUGGUAUUUCUUCCCUUUUUCGGUGUCUGCAGACUAUUCAAGAGAGCGUGGAAUGGAAUAUUAGCAGUUCUGUUACAGGCCAAGACAGAGAUACAUUGGCAAAGGAUCUCUGGGGAUGUCUGUACAUCAUCUGCUGUAUAUCUAGCUCAAAUCAGUACUAUUCUUCGUUUUCAUGAGUGCUACCAUUCUCAAAUGUUCAUAAAAGUAUAUUUGUCAUUACAAAUAUUUGUGAUUAAUUUUGUCAAUUGGAUUUUCAGAGAAACAUAUAUCAUAUGCAGUCAG